AUGCGUUGUAACAUUGAGGCAGAUAAAUCCGACGUCUUUCUGUUUAUUGACGACGACUACGAGUUCAACGCGAAGAAUGUGCUCAAUUACCUGAAGAGUCUGACGAAAUUCGAGCGUCGCCAUCUGCUCAGUGGAUCCCUAAUGACGUGGCGGCGUGUGGUUCGUCCGUUCAAGGACGCCAGUCGAAAUAAUUGGGCUGUGACUCGAUAUGAGGUUCCGUGGUCGCGCUUCCCACCGUACGCAUGGGGCACGGCGACGUUUGUCGGUGCGGAUGUACUCAGGGAGCUGGUCGUAGCCGAAGCCUACACGCGCUUUCUGUGGGUGGAUGAUGCGUUUAUGGGCUUUGUCGCAGCUAAAUUGCCACAUCUGCAUUUCCAAAGCAUGAAGGGCUUCUACCUCGAAUCCACCAAUAACCAGAAGGCUCUCAUAGCGCAUUCACCCCUCAGAUUCUCAUUGGGUUGGGCCUUAGACAAUAUGACGCAUUCCAUGUUCAUGAUUGCAACGCGUCAAGUCUGUGACGGCGUCGAUUGCUCGAAAGAAAUCGGCUCUCUCUAG